AUGUUUUGUUUUUUCCACUAUUCUUGUUUAUCCUAUGGGAAAGGUUCGAAAACCAACUCAAGUCAGCAUCCAAAACUCUUGGACAGGGCAAAAAACCUGGUGGAUGAUCUGCAAGGAAUUUUCUUGGAUCUGCAAUUUGCCAGGAAGGAGAGUCGCAGCAUUGAUGUCACAGUCCUUGAGGAGCAAGUCCAUCAGAUGCUCCGUGAAUGGAAAGCUGAGCUUAAUGAACCUUCUCCAGCGUCUUCAUUGCAACAAGGUGGGAGUCUUGGUUCAUUUUCGUCAGACAUUUGUCGGCUGUUGCAGCUUUGCGAGGAGGAAGAUGAUGCCACUAGUAUAUUAGCUGCACCAAAGCCAGAGCCUAAUGAUCAAAGCCUGCAAGUAGGAGAUGCUGCUGCUUUCCAAGAGAGUUAUGGAGUGAAUCAGGAUCAACAUGAACGCGGCUUUCCAUUAGUUGAUCAUAACAAAGAGUCACCUUCAGGCAUCCGUGCCAUGUCAGUUAACAACUUCGAAGGGGCUACACAAUUGGAAUACCAUCAGUUCGAUUUGCAUCAGGAUUUUGAGCACUUCUACGCAGGUUUCAAUGGUACCGGUUUCUGUGGGGAGGAUGCCUUGCCUCAUACUUCUAGCUAUCUGCCAAGUAUAUGCCCGCCACCAGCUGCAUUCUUAGGUCCAAAGUGUGCACUUUGGGAUUGUCCAAGGCCUGCUCAAGGGUUGGACUGGUGUCAGGACUACUGCAGUAGCUUUCAUGCUGCUUUGGCAAUGAAUGAAGGCCCACCUGGAAUGGGCCCUGUCCUGCGACCUGGUGGCAUAGGCCUCAAGGAUUGUCUGCUCUUUUCUGCUCUUAGUGCUAAGGCACAAGGAAAAGAUGUGGGUAUACCAGAAUGUGAGGGAGCUGCAACUGCAAAGUCUCCAUGGAAUGCUCCUGAGCUCUUUGAUCUUUCGGUUCUUGAUGGUGAAUCAAUUAGGGAGUGGCUCUUUUUUGAUAAGCCUCGAAGGGCAUUUGAAAGUGGGAACAGAAAGCAGAGGUCUUUGCCAGAUUACAGUGGGCGUGGCUGGCAUGAGUCAAGAAAGCAAGUCAUGAAUGAAUUUGGAGGACUGAAGAGAUCAUACUACAUGGAUCCACAGCCACUAAACCAUUUUGAGUGGCACCUUUACGAAUAUGAGAUCAACAAAUGUGAUGCUUGUGCCUUGUAUAGAUUGGAAUUGAAGCUUGUCGAUGGUAAGAAAAGUGCAAAGGGGAAAUCAGCGAGUGAUACAGUUGCUGAUUUGCAGAAGCAGAUGGGAAGGCUCACUGCAGAGUUCCCAUCUGAUAAUAAGCGCUGUGUCAAAGGAAGGGCUAAGAUUAAUGCGACACCAACAAGUGACGAGCUCGAUUAUGGGCUUGGUGUGCAGUAUGACUAUCUUGUUGAUAAUUUAAAUGGCUAUUAUCUAACCUAAUUGAAGAAAUCCUGAUAAAAGAUGAAGUAGCUGCAUCCAUUCGUCUAGUUAUAUAUCUGCUGAAGCAUUUUAACUUGUUGAAGGGGUGGAAACUAUGCAUUUUUUCAAGUCCUUUUUGCAGUUCAUUCUCAGAAAACCAAGUCUAGCUCUUAUUUUUGGUGACCAUAAAUUUGUAUAGUUCACUUGCACACAGAAGUUAUGUAUUAGUUGUUGACGAUCCUUGGUGCUGGCGCUCAAUCUAACUUCUGGAAGACGGUUACAAGCAAAGAGAAAUGGCUGUUUUUCGUCAGUCCAUUUUUAUACCUACUAAGACAUGGUAAACAAUAGAAGCUAAUUGUAUUUCUAGGGUUUUAAAUACUAUAUGCUAAAUGCCUAAAUCUUUCAGCUGCUCAUGAAAGAUAUCUCAGCCUGUAACUGGGUACAUAAUCAAAGACAUUUCUUGAGUCAUUAUCACUUGAUCUAUGCUUGUAAAUGAUUUUGGAUUUAGCACUCGUACGAAAUUUUCGACUGUUUUCUUGAGGGAAGGUGUGAUACAGAGGAUAGCAGAUAGUAAAAACAAGAUAUUCAAGAAAAAUGAUGAUUGUGUGAAUAUUGCCUGCUAU